AUGACAGUGGCCACUGGAGACCCGGCGGACGAGGCUGCUGCCCUCCCUGGGCACCCACAGGAUACCUAUGACCCAGAGGCAGACCAUGAGUGCUGUGAGAGAGUGGUGAUUAACAUCUCAGGGCUGCGGUUUGAGACACAGCUCAAGACUUUAGCCCAGUUUCCAGAGACCCUCUUAGGGGACCCAAAGAAGCGGAUGAGGUACUUUGAUCCCCUUCGAAAUGAGUACUUUUUUGAUCGGAACCGCCCCAGCUUUGAUGCCAUCUUAUACUACUACCAGUCUGGGGGCCGGCUGAGGCGACCUGUGAAUGUGCCCUUGGACAUAUUUUCUGAAGAAAUUCGGUUUUAUGAGUUAGGAGAAGAAGCAAUGGAGAUGUUUCGGGAAGAUGAAGGCUACAUCAAGGAGGAAGAGCGUCCUCUGCCUGAAAAUGAGUUUCAGAGACAGGUGUGGCUUCUCUUUGAGUAUCCAGAGAGCUCAGGGCCUGCCCGGAUUAUAGCUAUUGUGUCUGUCAUGGUGAUCUUGAUUUCCAUCGUCAGUUUUUGUCUUGAAACGUUGCCCAUAUUCCGGGACGAAAACGAAGAUAUGCAUGGUGGUGGCAUGACCUUCCACACCUAUUCCAACAGCACCGUUGGGUACCAGCAGUCCACUUCCUUCACUGACCCUUUCUUCAUUGUAGAGACCCUCUGUAUCAUCUGGUUCUCCUUUGAGUUCUUGGUAAGGUUCUUUGCCUGUCCCAGUAAAGCAGGCUUCUUCACCAACAUUAUGAACAUCAUUGACAUUGUGGCCAUCAUCCCCUACUUCAUCACCCUGGGGACGGAACUGGCUGAGAAGCCAGAGGACGCCCAGCAAGGCCAACAGGCCAUGUCACUGGCCAUCCUCCGUGUCAUCCGCUUGGUAAGAGUCUUUAGGAUUUUCAAGUUGUCCAGACACUCCAAAGGUCUCCAGAUUCUAGGUCAGACCCUCAAAGCCAGCAUGAGAGAGCUGGGCCUCCUGAUAUUCUUCCUCUUCAUCGGGGUCAUCCUUUUCUCUAGUGCUGUCUAUUUCGCAGAGGCCGAUGAGCGUGAGUCCCAGUUCCCCAGCAUCCCGGAUGCCUUCUGGUGGGCAGUCGUCUCCAUGACAACUGUAGGCUAUGGAGACAUGGUUCCGACUACCAUUGGAGGAAAGAUUGUGGGUUCCCUAUGUGCAAUUGCAGGUGUGUUAACCAUUGCCUUACCGGUCCCUGUCAUAGUGUCCAAUUUCAACUACUUCUAUCACCGGGAGACAGAGGGAGAGGAACAGGCCCAGUACUUGCAAGUGACAAGCUGUCCAAAGAUCCCAUCCUCCCCUGACCUAAAGAAAAGUAGAAGUGCCUCUACCAUUAGUAAGUCUGAUUACAUGGAGAUUCAAGAGGGGGUAAACAACAGUAAUGAGGACUUUCGAGAGGAAAACUUGAAAACAGCCAACUGCACCUUGGCUAACACAAACUAUGUGAAUAUUACCAAAAUGUUAACUGAUGUUUGA